CUCCUUCCCUCCUUACCCUUGCCUGACCUCACCUCAUCAUCUAAUUGCUGCUGAGCUGGACUGGGCUAGCUAGGCUGGGCAUCCAUCCACUUUUUUUUACCUUUUUGUCUUUUUUUCUUUCUGGGUCCCUUUUGUCAACAGCACCAUUGCAACUCACACUGUGACCUGGACCUGCAAUCCACGCCCAAACCCACCCAUCUGUCUCCCCGUCGUCCACCACUUGACCCGCGCGACCGCUUGACCCUUUCCAAUACCAAUACCACCUCCUACCUUGACCCUUGUCCCACCCCGUAUCAUCGACCUGCGGCACGUCGUCCCGUCCUCAACCCCGUCUGGAUCCCGCGCAACUGUUCUGCUGGGACGCUCAUACACUUCCUCGCACCGACCCGGCCCCAAACUCGCGUCGAUUGACCUGCAUCUUGGAGAGCCGCGCCGCUUCGCAUCCCAUCGCAUCUCAUCGCAUUGUGCAGCGGCGGCAGGUCACGCUGGGAAAUGCGCAGCGGCCCAUCUUCGCUACUGCUGAUGCAAGGGCUGAUAUUCGGAGCCUGCAUACACCACUGCCACGACAUCGAUCACGACCACGACACCGACCCCAACAAUCACAAUCAUCUCCUCUUUUUCCUUCCCCAGAAGGACCACCACGUCCACGACAUACUGGGGAUAACACUCAACCUUCCGAGAACAACUGCCAUCUCGCCCGACACCUGAAUCACGUCGCGAUCGCAAUCAUUGCAUUCACCUACCGCCGCAUCAACCCUCGAUAGCUUGGUCGCGGACCACCUGCCCGCGUUUCCCCCGAUUCCUCGCCAAAAAUACACUUUGGCAUUCACUGCUCGUCACCCAGAUAAGGGCGGUAUCCAACACACACGUCACGCUAUCACGACACAUCGUCGCCCACGCUCACCCGAAUAUAACAUCGCCCACGCACACCAUCCACGCCCCCCGUUGUCGGCGCUGAUUGCCGCCGGCUUGAAUCAACACUUUUGUGGGCUGCGGAGAGAGCUUUGUGCUCUGCUCCGGCGCCCAUUCCAUCGUCUCUCGUGUCAACCAAAUCGACCUUGUUUGUCGUCGCCAUCGCGACCCUUUGUCGCUCAACCUUAUCCCCCGACACUCGCUAUCCAACCACCAUAUUCAUAUCUCCCCAUCCACCACCAUCGCAACGCCGCUCCAUCCCAUCCCGCCCUUUUGUCUCGCGCCCCCAACCGCGCAUAUUGCGACUCUUUUUCCUUCAUGCCCCCACGGCAUGCAAACGCCACUAAACCAUGGAAGCAGCGGCGAAGAAGGUCCAACUGCUGGCCCAGCGCAUCCUGCCCGACCGACCGCAUCAUCUCUCCGUGUCCCCCGACCAGCGAUUUCGCGUCCCACCCGAUCAUAGCAAACUCUUUGAGGAAUUCAAGUACCCGCGCCUGCAGUACAUGACGCUAUUGUCCGACGCGGAUCGCGGCAUGCUGCUCACUCGUCCAUACUAUGACAUGCGCGAAGAACCUCCGAACCUCACUGCUGCCAAGAAUUCGAACGCGAAGAUGGAGAAGAAGUCCGUGACCAAGCUGUCGCUGAGUGACUAUAAGAACAAGCAGAAGAAGGUGUCGGAUUCUCCUCCCGACUCCGGAACUACGCCGAAACCAGACACCUCCCGGAGGGAGAAGGAGGUGGCAGACGGUCGAAUGGACCGAGAAUCCAAAAAGACGGACGCAUACCGAAUACGCGAAGCGGAGGCGUCUAAGGAUGUCAAGGCGCACAGACAUCACGAAGUCGCCCACGAUGAAAGAGCGAGCAGGCUCGAGGCAAGGCCCCGGGUCGCCCAAGAAAGCAAUGAUACCCCAGAGAAGAGGAAGCGGAUCGUGGACGCCGAGAACGAGUCGCGACCCCAGAAGCGAGCGAGACCCGAAGCCAGCACCCCGCUGGACGAACGAUCGCGAACGCCCCGAGACGAUACCCCAAGAAGGAAAGAGAUGCAUUCAUCGCAGGAUCGGAUAUCCCAGAAGGAUGGCAAGCCUGGCACGGCCUCCUCGUCAUUACCCAACGGACGAUCGACUCUGAAAACAGCUCUGGGCUCGGGCUCAGGCUCAGGGCCCAUUAAGUCGCCCAUGUCGCGUGCGCGAGGCGAUUCUGUUAAUGGCAACAGACCGAGUCCCUCGGGCAGCAGGGCCAGAGCCGAUACCGCAUCGUCGAGGUCAGCAGUCCCGCCAUUGCUGUCUCCACUACAUCUACCAAAUGAGUCCGAUUCUCGUCCCAAAGACAAAUGGCGAGAUGAUGUUGGCGAGCACAGUAGACCCCCGAAGUCUCUGAAAUCGGAACCGCCACCAUCUAUCAAGAGGCCGAAAUCCCCCCUCAAGCUCCCUGCGCUCCUCUCGCCGACAUUACCCCCGAUGCUUGAGGAGGAACUUGCCCGGUUGAAAAAUACACCUACCAAAGGCUCUACCUCAAGCCAAAGAACGCAACCUCCAGAUUCCCCGACAACCGGCAAGAGGUCGCAUACUGUAGUAAAAGAAGAGGACGAGGAUCGAAAAGAGUCAAAGGAAAAGGCCAGGGACAGGCCGCGCAGGUUCAUGGUCACGCUCAAGUAUAGCAAGAAGUACACAAAGUCUGUGCAGAGACUGCUUGCCCUGCCGACCAGGAAAGAUGCGGUCAAGAAAGAGCGCUCAGUGAGUAUAGAGCCCCCGGCGCCGCCUCAGGCGCGGAAACGACCCAUGGGCAGUACCGAGAAUGUCGGCGAUUCGAUCUCGGUAAAACGACCAAGGAUGUCGGACGUCCCGGGUUCUUCUAAGCUGGUCACGCCUUCAACACCAUCAAAGGCGGCCACGUCAAUGUCGAGAGUGGCAUCGAGCAACUCGGUUAAUACUCCCGGGGACGGUAGCGGCCUAACCCCCGCUGCGCCGCCCUCGUCGGACCGUGACCGACCACAGACAAGAGACGAGAGCAGAGAUGCUGCGAACUCAUCCAAGAUCCAAGCGCUGCGGGAUCGCUCGAGCCGGUUUAGCAGGCUUGGCACCAAGUUGAAGCAUGAGCGCGACAUGCUCCUCGAGCGUAAGAACAGCGACCGCGGUGCCCCAUUGUCCGACUCGGACAACAAGCUCAGCAUGAUAUUGGGGCUGGAAGCCGCAUUGGCUUUCAUGGUCGGCUUCAGGGCGCUGUUCGAGUCACGGCGAAUGGAGAACAAGGCGCAAGACCCCAAGCAGUGGGGUAGCAUUCUGCCAUUACUUGCCGUCAUGCGUCACGAUGUGCGAAAGAGCAGGCCGCUGGAGGCGCUGUUUUGGCAGUUGCAGGGCGUGAUUUAUGAGGAGCUCAUCAAGUGCUACUGGUCCCUCGACCCGGCGUCUCACGCAGUGCAGAUGAUCAACUCGGAACGAUCCCGGUCCGCUGUGUGGAAAUCAGCCUUUGACGCCGCUGAGCGCGUUGAGGCAUCUGCGAUGCGCACCAACAUGGGCCCGUGGACGAGCGUGGAGGAUGCGGUGUCGUCGUCAUUGAAGGUCAUGCGCCGGUGGACGCAAGAGGAAAACGUCUCGUGGCGGGCCGAGGUCACUGUAUCAGCCGCCAACGGAACGUUGUCAUAGGAUGCCGACGAAGGCAAGAAGUCGGUGGAGAGCCAGGUCGAUAACGACACUUCCUUUACUGUGACGGAGAGCUCAUCGCCCUCGCACGACGCGAGCACCACGGUCCACGAGACAGGAGGAGAAGGGCAUUAGGGGGGCCUGGCGGGUGGGGACUCCCUGAAUUGAUUGUAUUAUGAGGCAGCCUCUAUUCUCUGGCCCACUAUGUAAUGGGCAGGGAGUAGACAGCGGCGAGCACACACCGGCGGCCAGUCGGCCUCGGAGUCUGGGGUUGGAUUGCGGGACAUUUUGCGGAGCACAGCCCAGCCGUGUUGUGUGAAUAAGCAAUUGUAUGAGAAGACCAAAUCUCUUGAGCUCAAUGAGGGUUUUACGAACGACCUUCACUUGUUAAAUGUGCAUAAUCAUCAAACUCGGACUGUGAGAGCUUCCCAUCGCCGGCUGCAAGCUUGGCUUCCUACGGUAUAAGAAAGGGCUCUCUGCAUGUGUAUGUGUGAACGGAGUUGGAUGUACUUCUCUUCCAAUACGCACAGAGGAUAACCCCGUCCGAGUGCGUGGGUAUAUGUAUAUGUUCGUGUUGCCGCUACCUUUUGCUCUCUCCCUUGCUCCGAUACCCUACAUCGCGUCAUUGCCAUGGCCGGAAGGACGGGGGGGCCCCUCUCAUCUCCUCUAGAGUAGGUUCCGUACGGAAACCAAUGCGCGCGAGGAAGUUAUGCGAGAGCAGCAACGUUAUACACAUAUGUCCUCGAAUCCAGACCGAUGAGGUACCGUUACUGAGAGGCUCGACUUCGUGAUGUGUGUGGCAUGAUGUGUAUGAUCAAAUCGGCGAUCCCAGUCAAGGCGGGAGAGACGACCCCGCACCAAAAUCCAACCCCUCACACAGCUCGAACACACACCAGCCAGCCAGACUGAUGGACCUCUAAGCAUGGUCUGACAACAGGACAUGUGCUUUCUUACAGCAUUCGAUCGAUAAAAGUCACCAUAAGCGUGGGCUGUGAUGGGUAGGCAUAAUCUAUUUCAUA